GCUGCAGGAGUCAGUCUCUCUGCGCUUCGCCCUUGAAACACCUUGAGUUUGUGUAGCAGACUUGCGCUUCAACUUCACCAUCAUGGUUGAGCAGUUUGUUGGAACCUGGACUCUGGCUUCCAGCGAGAACUUCGAUGAAUAUAUGAAGGCAAUUGGUGUGGGCUUCGCCACCCGGCAAAUGGGCAACAUGGCAAAGCCUAACCUGGUGAUCACCGUGGAUGAUGCUGGGGUUAUUUCAAUGAAGUCCGAGAGUACUUUCAAGACCACAGAGAUUAAAUUCAAGAUAAACGAAGAAUUUGACGAGACGACUGCAGAUGGCCGACAGACCAAGACCACCAUCACUUUUGAGAAUGGCAAACUGGUGCAGAAACAGGCGUGGGAUGGAAAGACAACGACACUGGAACGAGAGAUUCAAGACGGAAAACUAACAGCUAAAUGUGUCAUGGAUGAUGUUGUUGCAGUGAGGACCUAUGAGAAGGCUUAAUUCAUUUAUGUUCACAAUCCACAUUGUUGCUCAUGGACCUCCUGUUCCAUUACCAAAUGCACUGAGAUAUUGCCAAAUGUGCCAAUAAAGUCUGAACUGUGAUACUUCA